CGAAAAUUUAUAAAUAAAUAGAAAAAGUGAGAAAAGAUUAAAUGUAUUGUUUGUAUAAUAAUGUAUUGUUUUGUAAAAAAAAUUAGAAGAUUUACGUAAUUCAUCAAGCUGAUGAGUAAUUACUCCGUAACCUCAAAAAGAAAGUGAAGCCGCAUAACCUACCAACCUCUGUCGAGCUGUCUCAAAAAAAUAAAUAAAAUAAGAAAAAAAAUUGUUUACAACGUACGUCACUAAAAUCAGAAUAAGGUUAUGAUACAGCGAGAUUAGGAGAAAGCUGUUUUUCUUGAUAGCAAACAAUGGCAUCGCCAAUAAAAUUGGAAACAAAUCCACCAACAACGAGUCAAACUGGAGCCAUACCUCCAUGGGAGCCCCACAGGAUCACCUACCUCAAACCAUCCUUCGACGUCACAGAGAUGGCCCUUGCAUGCCGCAGGGACCUUUGGCACAAGUUUAUCAUCUUUGACGGCGGUUUAUACAUGCGCAACGAAGUCCUGCGCGCAUUCAUAACUGCAUGCGAGCCGGCGCUCCUGGUGCCGAUUAUGUACACUAUCGAGGACAAGAAUAAAAGUACGUUUCUCGCGAAAUGCGGCGGCAAUGCGAUAGAAAACCUCGUAAAGCAGGGGAUGUGUAUAACGCUGCCCGGUGGCCAGGAGUUGCGCAUGGACAUCGUGCUGGGGUACCUUGGUGCGCAGGAGCUGCGGGUGAACACGAACAAGAUCAUAGCAGAGGCCUUGCAUGCUCGGUAUGAGCCGAUGAAGAAGGUGUUUAAUCUGGACGACUUCGAGAACGAGAAGGCCCUUGGUUCGAUAUUUUGCCCAAUCUCCAUUCCAAAGAUCUUUGAUAUGGUCCUGCGUUGCAGCAAGUUAGGCAUCAUAAGCAACAAUCGCGAGUCCCAGCAAACGCGACUGCCUGUGCGCGAGUUGAGCUUGAGGUACAACAAGCUCAGAGCCAUCAUCCUAUUCGACAAGUUCUUCAGCUACCAUCUGACCAAAUUAGACCUGCGACACAAUCAGAUCCUAGACGUGGAGUAUCUGCGUUACUUCUGCGAGUUUAAGAUAAGCGAGCUCUGGUUGGACGGAAAUCCACUGUGCACCAGGUACACCACCUCUCAGGAAUAUGUACAGGCGGUGAAAAACGUUUUCCCACAUUUGCAGAAGUUGGACGGGGUUGUCAUAGGGAUGGAACAGAAAUUCGUGCCGAACAUACAGAGUAAUUAUCUCAGUAAUGGAACGAAAAUUCCUCUGAUCAGGCAAUUUGUCAAGCACUUCUUCACGCUAUACGAUCAAGAGGAUAGAAUAGUAAUGCAUGGCCUGUACGAUAAAAACGCAUUCUAUUCCAUGACGUUUGGCGGUACAUCGAAUCACGUGCACAAAGAGAUCAUCAAAACGUUUUCCACAAAUAGAAAUCUGUUGAAAUUCGCCGACUACGCUAAGUGCCACGAGUUCUUGUUUUGGGGAUCUGAAAAGAUAAUCACCGCCCUGCAACGGCAACCACCGACGACGCACGAUUUCAAGACGUUUCACGUCGACUUGUUACACGAGGACGAUAAUCACUUAGUCAUUUCAGUGCAAGGGCUAUUUUCAUUUCGACUGGUAAUCUGUCCGCCUAUGCUAUUCAACAGAACCUUCAUCAUCAUACGAAAAGAAGACAAUGAAUACUGUAUUGUCAAUGAUCAGUAUUACAUCGAUAGUACAUUCACUAAUGCAGGUAACGAAGUAAAAUUCGAACCAAGACCCGUGCCUAAAUUUACUCCAACGGUGCUCAGUGUGUCGGAGAAAGAACAACUAAUUAGAUUUUUACAUGAACUUACCACAAUGAAUGUUCGACACUGUUACAAAUAUCUUGCGGAGGCGAAUUGGGAUAUAAAAAGUGCAAUCACUAUGUUUAUGAAGCAUUAUUCGGUCAAUGACGUUCCUCCACAAGCUUUUGAAUAACUAUACGAUGUUAGCUUUGAUAAUAUUGCAGAGAAUAAUUUUGUAAAGUAAAUAACAUAUGUAUAUGUCAUUUAUAAAAAAUACACAUAAAAUUUUGUAUCGUU